AUAAUGUUUCACUAAUUCCAAAGUAGCCUGCCGGGUGACUGCUGGGUGACGGAUGUUUGAAAAACAAAAGCAUUUUAAAGGCAUUAUGAAAAGCUCUUACCUCGAUGUGAUUGCUGUAGUGCUAAGUCUUUAUUUUACCAGAACAGCAGCAACCAAAUCAAGAAAACCUGAUAUUCUCUCUGACUCCGGAUGUCGAUGGAAUGGGGACCUUUUGAUGGAUUGUUCUUUUACUGGAAAAUCUGAUAUACCAAUGGCUAUACCACAAACAGUGACCACAGUAGAUUUAAGUUACAAUUCUAUUAGAGCUCUCUCAGUGUCUAACAAGAAAAAGGAAGAUUGGACCAUAAAACACCUGAACCUUAGUAACAAUAGGAUAUCUGAGCUAACUUUCAGCUCUUUUAUGUGUUUUCCCUCUUUGGAAACGUUAAACCUAAGUGACAAUGGAAUCUACUCCAUCUCAUUGGAUCUACAGAGACAUAGCAGCUUAUUGGGGAAAUGCCAAAGAAAGGGUUUCAGAAAUGUCUUUACAUCUCUCAAAGUUUUGUCAAUUCAAAGAAAUCAUCUUAAUGCUACUCCAGGGGGUCUAUGGAAACUUCAGUCUUUACAAAAUCUGGAUCUGUCAUCCAAUGCCAUAUCACAGAUUGAGGUGACUGAUUUUCAAAACUGUCUACAGCUGGAGAAGCUUUAUUUACAAAAUAACAGGAUAUCCAAGAUUCACCCAGAUGCCUUCAAGGAUCUCAGCAAUCUUCAGAUUGUGAAUCUUAGCAAUAAUACUAUGACCACCAUCCUACCAAUGAUGUUCAUUGCCUUAACUCUGCCACAUCUGGAUGCUGACCUAUCAAACAACCAAUGGCAAUGUGACUGUAACAUAUCUGUCUUUCAAAAUUUUAUUUCUGAAUCCUGGAGGAAAAAGUGGAAUAGCAUUUGUAGUGAGUCCAUCAGUGUGCCUGGAGUAUCUUUUCUCUCUCUGGAAUGGCUCCAUUUGAACUGUAAAAUCCAUAUGGAAGAUUUGAUCUCUUUUAAAAAAGUUACAGUCCCCCAUGGAGCAACAACCUUCCUAGACUGUGACUCCGAUCAACCUUGGGUUUCAGGGGAAAAUGAAACAUACUGGUGGACCCCCUACAACAGAAUUUCUGAGAAUACCCAGAUUUCUCGUAUUAGUCUAAAUCAAAUGAAAAAAUUAGUUAUAAACAAGGCAGAGACACCCCUAGAAGGAUUGUAUGUUUGUUUUUCCACUUCUGGAAGGAAGAAACACAUCAUUUAUGAGAUCUCUGUGAAGCAAGAACAUUCCCCAAGAUGGGUAAGAAAGACCAGGGAGAUUCUCGCUUCUACCAGAGAAACGUCAACAUCUCAGGACCUCACUUUGGCAGUUUGCCUGUCUGUGAUCAUUACUUUCCUGUGUGCCUUUUGCCUUGGUGCCUUCACAAGACCUUACAUCGAUCAUCUAUGGCAACAAAGGUGCCAGACCAAAAGUUCCAUUUCUGAAAACGCAUAUUCUAAUGAAGGGUUCUAUGAUGAUGUAGGGAUUACAGGAAACCCGAGACCUCUAUCUGAGAGUCAGCAUCAAGAUUCAUAUAGUAUGAGUAUUUAUGAAACUACAGAAUCUCCAGACCUGUACUCUGUCGUUAAUAAUGGAACACCCCGAGCAAACAAAAUAUGGAAAGACCAGGAGGAGAGAAGGAACAGAGCUGUCCCAGCAGAGAUGAAGAGAAAUGAAAACGUGCUUCCAAUAAACCAUGGUUCCUGUUCAAUUAGCUCAGAAGACAUGAAUAUGGUCUACAAUGAUGUAAUUUCAGUAAAGGGGGAGCAUGUCUAUGGGAAAAACAUUCUCAGAGAAUUAAAGAGGGAUGAUUCUUUCCAUGAGGAUUCAAGAAGAGCCUCUUCUGUAGACAAAAGCUUCCAAAAAGACGUUGGUUCAUUCCAAAGCCAUUCUCCUGAGUUAGACCUGACACACCCAGGGGAAAUGACAUUUCCUCUUCCUGAAAUGUCAGUGUACCCCAAAGCCCAGCACUUUGGAGAGAGUGGAGAAGUAGAUGAGGCUGCACACUUACCAUCAGAAGUUAGAGGAGCUCAGGAGUUUCCUAAAGAAAUGCAACUGAGUUCUCACUUGUAUUCACCAACCACUCAACAACAAAUGCUCAGUAGGGGCAAUUCUAGACCACAGUACGGGAUGAAUGAGAAUAGGACUGUACUCAGUGAUGACCUAAGAGAUUUUAAUCACUCCAGUCUGCUUCCCAGUUGGGAAAAUGAUUUAGAUGCUGAUCACCCUAACCACAGUCCAACACCAAGUUUCUUUUCUGAUCAUAAGAAUACAAAGAUUAUCAACAAUGAAGACACACUCACAGAUGACUCAGAUGAAGGGUCACUGUUUACUUUAAGCUCCAUUGAUUCAGAGUAUGACUGGAGCAAUAUUCAAGAACAGCCACAUGGUGAAAGAGAUCACGUAGCCACGUGGCCAUCAAUGGAGGAGAAUUGUAUAAUUAAGGGUUCAUCUGAUAGAAUGGACAAUAUCCAAUCAGAAAGUCCUGAGGACAAUGCUAGUUUUGAGAAAUGUGAGAAUGAAAAAAAGGAACAUUUUGAAAACAUUAUUUCCAGACCAGAUAUUAAUUUGUCUGAGACAGAUUUACCAACUUAUCAGAUUAGUAGUAGUAGUAAAACUAGAACACAAGAAUCCCCACCCAACUCAUUGGCCAGCAGUCCUGUAAGUGUUGAAAUUCCUGGCAUGUUCAUAUAUGAUCAUGUUUUGACUCUUGGUCCCGAGCCAUCAGAAUGGCAUCAUUCUCGGGAAAAACAAGAACAAGUCCCCAUUGUGAAUUCUUCACCCCAACAAACCUCAUUUAUGUAUCCUGAAGUUCCAUCAGAUAUUGAGAAAGGUGAUUUCAAAGAAAUAGAUCCACAGAUUUAUAAAUAUGAUACCUACAUGCAGAUAUCAGACACUAUUAAAAAGGAAACUCUUCCUGAGAUCAUCCCAGAAGAAAAAAUGAAAAGCUCACAACAGAGUUUUGAAGGUAAUGACACGGAAUUAAAUGUAAUUAAUUCUACUGACCUGAAAAAAGAUCUUUUAUUUCCCUCACUAGACUCUGGUUCCAAAUGAAUUACAAACCAAGCACAGUCCCCACAACCUAAUGUCCCCAGUGAUGAACAUUCUUUUCAGUCAGAAAGAGAUGAAGAACAUUUUGAAGCCUAUACUAAGAAACAGGUACCAUUACUACAAAAAAAACUUACUAAUAAAGAUAAGACCAGUUUACUAAGAAUACAAAAAGACUUUAGUGAUAAUCAUUGGGGCCAAUGUUCAGAAGAUACAUUGGAAUUAGAUAAAAACCAUCCUAACUUUUGUGCAAAUGAACCACAGCUCCAGAGUCUCAUAGAUCCUUCAGCUGGUAGCGCUUAUUCCUAUGAGAAGCAACUCUACAGUGAUGGAAAUUGAUAAUAAAAGAGAAGCAGGAAAUUAACAUUUUUAAAAGUAUAUUCUGGAAUACUUAAGUGAGAAGACUCAAACCAUUUCAGGGAAUUUGCCAUGUACCAAAAAUUGACACAAUCUCAAGGAAGCAGACCAUGAAGCUUUCUAUGGAAAAUGAGAAUAUAAAGAAUUCCAUAUAUGGGUGAUCUAUAUUGUGCUAAAAGAGGACUGUUUUGUAAGACAAACUGCACAUAUUCAAUCAGUUAAGAAGAAAGACUUCUUACUUACAGUGGCAGUAUCAAGAAGAGUAGGAAAAUGUUAGAAAUACAUAAUGUGAUUCCGAGUAUGCAGUACAAAGAACACUGAAGCUCCGGAGUCAGGAACAUGAGUUCUUCUUGCCUCUUAAUGCUUACAACUUAUAUACCCUUGGACAAGUUAUUUAACCUCCCUGGGCCUUGGUUUCCCCAUUUGUAAAACGAAGGAAUUGCUACUAGAUGUCCUUCUCUGAGGUCCAUUCCAGAUUGUGAGAUGGUUAAAUGGUUCUGUCAUCUAAGAUGAUUCUCUAGGUCUAAAAUCUUAAAUAGUCAAUGUCAGAUUAUUCAUCUCCUAGAUAACAACUAUAUUUGCUAGCUAAUAUCAUGGAAUAUUUUUCAUUUUUGAAAAAUAUCACUAAAUUAAAAAUGUAAAAUAAUUAUACGUAUCAUUUAGAAUACAUCUCCUUUCAUGCAGAUAUAUCAGGGCAAAUUGAAACCUUGGUUCACGUUUCACACCCCAUAGUUAUAAUAUGUAGUUCCCCAAUAUUUGUGCCUUUGUGGGGAAGGAAGGUAUAGCAUCAAUUUUCUUGACUUCUGAAAAAAAACAUAUGAUCAUUUACAUCUUCUUCUCCCUCCCCCCCUUUUCCCCCAGUCACCACUGCCACAUUUAAGUCUGGCUCUCCAGAUGUUAUUCUGCCACAGCAGCCUGUCCUCAGACUAGUUUUGAGACAUCAGGGGAAAAAUAUUUGGUAGCAGUGACUUUAGGAAUAAGGGCCAACCUCAGAGAAACGUGAUACAAAGGACAAUAUGUCCUUCCUUUGCCAAGUUCACAACUAAACCCAAAAAGGAGAAAGCAGUGAAAAUACGAAUUAUGGAAGAAGAGGUAAUUUCUGUCUGGUUUUCCAGUCUGACUUUCACUCAGGACUAAUACUCCAUAUGGACAGAGUAGGUGCCCACUCAUAAAAAGUAACAAGGUCACACUUGCCUGCCAAUGUCUCCUGUACCAGCAUAUUAUGGUGCUAAUCUUUGCUCUAUCUGCCUUGAAGUGUUCACCCUCAGAGUCAUUCCUGUGGGUGAGGCAACAAAUGCAGGAAAUACUGUUAAAAUAUAUAGGCCAAGGAGGAGCCAGAUAACAUUUUUUCACUAACACAUACCCAUUGAUCACCUUAUAAGACUAAGUUGGUUAUUAUUUUAAUAAAG